AUGUCCCACCAGGAUGAUCUGGCAUAUGGAUACGACAACGAACGUGGGUCUGGGGAAGCGUCCCGUGGUUUAGGCAGUACCUUCAAGAAGCUCCGCGACACCUACAAAAGUCACCAAGGCUCUACACAUGGGCAGACCACAUACAAUCCAAGUGGUUAUCAGGAACCGAGCUAUCCAACCCAGAACCAAACCCCUCACGGAUACAAUCAACACAGUCAAGCGAGUGAACAACACCAGAAUCCAGACUAUUAUGGAAAACCACAAAAAGCCGAUAAGAUCUCUGGUCUUCUGGAGAAAAUCCAAGGUACCGUGACCGAGAUCGGGUCCGAAUUUGCCCAGAAACUUGGGACUACCAUCGAUCCCCAAGCAUAUGCCGAAUAUGGCCCCAGCAAGCCCAACGCAGAACACCGAUUUGGUAGCUUUGCUCCUCCCCGGGAACAUAACGAUGUCAAGUGGUAUGUCGAUGGGUGUAGCUAUUUUUGGGCCGUCUCGCGAGCUCUGGAAAAUGCCCGAGAGUCAAUAUGGAUACUGGACUGGUGGCUAUCGCCGGAGCUCUAUUUGAGAAGGCCACCGGCCAAGAAUGAGCAGUACCGAUUGGACAGAAUGCUGCAGGCUGCAGCCCAGCGGGGCGUGCGGGUCAAUGUCAUCGUUUACAAGGAAGUGACGCAGGCACUGACUUUAUCCUCAUCCCACACCAAACAUGCCCUGGAAGAUUUGCACCCCAAUAUCGCUGUCUUCCGUCACCCCGACCACCUACCUGACCGCCAAGGGCUGGCAGCUUCAAUCACGUCGUCCUUCCAGAACAUGUCCCUUGAUUCGGGAAGCCUGAGCAAAAUGUCCAAAGACGCACUGAAGGGAUUGUACGGAAUGAACGACGAUGUAAUUCUGUAUUGGGCUCAUCACGAGAAACUUUGCUUGAUCGACGGCCGUACUGCAUUUAUGGGUGGCUUGGAUAUGUGCUUCGGCCGCUGGGAUACACACCAACAUGCGCUCUCAGAUCUACAUCCAACUGAUGUUAACCAAACAGUUUUCCCCGGCCAGGACUACAACAAUUCCCGUGUCCUUGAUUUCGAAGAUGUCGUCCACUGGGAGAAGAACCAGCUGGACAGGAAGACCAUGUCUCGAAUGGGAUGGUCUGAUAUAUCCGUAAGCCUACACGGCGCAGCUGUGGAGGAUCUGCGUCGUCAUUUCGUGGAACGAUGGAACUUCAUUUAUGAUGCGAAGUACAAAGUUCGCAAUGAUUCCAGAUACGUGAGGCUGGCUCUCCACGGCCGACCCACUUCUUCAACUGGUCAUCAUCAGGGCUCUCCACAGCCCAACUUGUACCCCUCGGGACAAUCAAGCCCGCAAGGCCACCCACCUGCGCCAUCCUGGCAGACUUCUAGUGGAGCCGCCUCUACCACGUACACGCCGCCAUUAGGCCAGACAUCGUCGAACUAUGAACAGACGCAGUCGCAACCCCAGCAACAGCACUCUGCUGGGUCAUAUCAGCCAUACAGCCCGGGCGCUACCAGCACUCCAACAUACCCACCUCCCCCGCCGGCUCAGACUUCUUCAAUUCAGCAUCAAGGGCAGCCGUACCAAUCUCAGAGUUCUCCCACCUUUCCACCACCAGGUCAAGGUUCGUCGGGUUAUCAACCCCAAUCCACCCAAAGCCAUUCUCUGAGUCAGGGGCAAAGCCCAUAUUCAUACACCGGAGGCUCAUUCCCCCCUCCUCCCCCUGGACCCCCUCCAUCGCAGGCCAGUGCCCACGCUUCUUAUCAGCCUUACAAUCAGGGCUAUCAGCAAGAGCAGACACCGUAUUUCCCACCACCGCCGGGUCAAGAGGCAACUCACUCCGACACUCGUGGGCUUGAUGAUUACCAGCACCAAGAGGAUCGCGAACGGGGAUCUCUGGCGCCCCGUCGUCUCAGAGAGGAUCUGACACAAUAUGGAAACUCUCUUCGUGGUCAGCUCGCUGGACAAAUUCAUCAAUAUCAGGAUCGACUGACCACAUUCGGCCGUCCUUCCUCCUCGCAAGGCCGCGGUAAUAUGUCAUGUCAGAUUGUGCGCAGCUGCGCAAAAUGGAGCAAUGGCACUCAGGUCGAGCAUUCGAUUGCUGACGCAUAUUGCGCCAUAAUUCGAAACAGUGAGCACUUUGUCUACAUCGAAAACCAGUUCUUUAUCACUGCGACCGGCGAUUCGCAGCGUCCAGUCAAAAACAAGAUCGGUGCUGCAAUCGUGGAGAGAAUUCUCCGUGCCGCUCGGGCCGGUCAAAAGUAUAAGAUUGUUGUGGUCAUACCCUCCGUCCCAUGCUUUGCCGGUGAUUUACGAGACGACGAAACCCUCGGAACACGGGCAAUUAUGGAGUUUCAAUAUAAUUCCAUCAAUCGUGGAGGUCACAGUAUCAUGGAGCUGAUCGCCAAGGAAGGAUACAACCCAAUGGAGUAUAUCCGCUUCUACAACCUCCGCAAUUAUGACCGGAUCAAUAAUGGCUCCGUGAUGGCUGCAGCUGAACAACAAAGUGGUGUCAAUUACGAGGAUGCUCGCAGACAGUACGAUGUGAAUACCGCGGGUCCUGGUGGAUAUGCCCCGAAUACACGUAGUGCUUUUGAUACCACCGCGCCGUUCCAGAAGUACCAACAGGCCGCGCACCAGGUGCAAGGCGCCCAUUCUUCCUCCACCCGGUGGGACAGCGUCAGUGAGUGUUAUAUGCUGGGUGGCGAAGAUAUUCGAAAGGUGCCGUGGGAUGGUCACCCGGACGCUGAAAUCGAUGCCUUCGUGAGCGAAGAGCUUUAUGUCCAUUCGAAGGUGAUGAUCGCCGACGACCGCGUGGUUGUUUGUGGUUCUGCCAAUCUGAAUGACCGUUCUCAGCUGGGUGACCAUGACUCCGAGAUCGCGGUGAUCAUCGAGGACUUCACACCUGUGGCAUCGAGCAUGAAUGGAAAGCCAUGGACUGCGAGUCGUUUCGCUGCAUCUCUUCGCCGUCAGCUGUUCCGCAAGCACUUGGGUCUUCUGCCACCACAAGACUACCAGCGACCGGACGCCAACUUCGAGCCCGUGGGAGUCCCAAAUCAAUUCGACUUCGAAUGCCCGGAAAGCAAGAUCGUUGCUGAUCCGCUUUCUGACACUGCCCAGAGUCUUUGGAACUCACGGGCCCACACGAACACCGAGGUCUUCCGAAAGGUCUUCCAUGCUGUUCCAGAUGAUUCAGUCCGCAGUUGGGCUGCGUACAAAGAGUUUUCGGAGUAUUAUUUCCACAAGACUGCUGAGAGUAGGGACGGUCCGGCGCGUCCGGCGCGAUUUCAAUGGGGCCACGUUGUGCGCGACGAUUUUGCGCCUGGUGCCGAGGGCGUUAAGCAGGUCAAAGAACUGCUCAGCCAAGUUAAGGGUACUCUCGUUGAUAUGCCUUUGAUGUUCCUGAUCGAGGAGGACAUCGCGAAGGAAGGAUUGACUCUGAAUGACUUGACCGAGCCGCUCUAUACCUAA